AUGGCUCUUCCUAAAAGUUCUGGGAGGAGUUGGUUUAGUUACUUCCAAUAUGAUGAAGACAGGGACUCGCCAAAUGAUGCGAGAAAUGUUUUGCUAAUCGUUGCAGGGCUAAUUGCAGCAGUAACCUUUCAAGCAGGGGUCAAUCCUCCUGGUGGGGUGUGGCAAGAUAAUGAAAAUGGAGAUUUUGCAGGAAGGGCAAUUUAUGCCUCACAACCUAAGGCCUAUUAUGUUUUUAUGGUAUCAAACACCUUGGCACUCUCUACAUCAAUUCUUGUUAUUGGUUGUCUAACUUACAGGUUCCCUUUCCAUUUCGAAAUCUGGGUUGCUACAGCUUCUAUGAUCGUUACUUAUGGUUCAGCAGUUUUUGCUGUUACCCCUCAUGAACAUGUGCAUUUUCGAUAUCUUCUGUUUGCUGCUGUACUGCCUUUUGUAGUGAGGGGUUGGAUUCAUCUGUGCAACAAAUGUCGAAAUAGAACUCAUGAAUAA